AUCAAUUCGAGGUGCAACGGAGAACAACUCAGGUGAUUCCAGCAGCCGCAAUCUCGACGACAACAGAUAAUAGAAGUGGCGGCCGAUAAGUUGUCGUUAAGACAAGUCAUUAAGAUAAGGAAAGAGCAAGUUCUCCACUUGCCGGCAACAACAAUAACCACAACAAAAAUUGAUUAGUCGCCAAAAUGUUUGGAAGGCUUAAUUCCGUACAAAUCAGCCGAAUACGUAACUUUUCGGCGCUGGUACAGAGCAAGGCGCUUGUGAACGGCAACUGGAUUGAUUCCAGCAAUAAUGACACGUUCGAUGUGACCAAUCCGGUAAACGGGAAAAAGAUUGGUAGUGUGCCGAAUAUGACAGUGCAGGACGCACAAAAUGCGAUAAAUGCGGCAAAACAGGCGUACGAGUCGAAGGAGUGGCGCUCGCUCACAGCCAAGGAUCGUUCCAAUUUAUUAAAGAAAUGGCACAAGCUUAUCGAACAGCAUUCGCAGCAAAUCGCCGAGAUUAUGACAGCGGAAUCAGGCAAGCCUAUAAACGAGUCCAAAGGUGAGGUCUUGUAUGGGAAUUCGUUUGUGGAAUGGUUUGCGGAGGAGGCGCGUCGUAUCUAUGGCGAAAUCGUACCCAGCCCCGUAGCAAAUCGUGAGAUAAUUGUGAUGAAACAACCGAUCGGUGUGGCCGCCCUCAUCACCCCCUGGAACUUUCCCCUGGCGAUGAUCACACGCAAGGCUGGUGCGGCGCUGGCCGCCGGCUGCACGGUGGUGAUCAAACCGGCCGAGGAUACCCCACUGACAGCCUUGGCAGUGGCGAAAUUGGCCGAGGAUGCGGGCAUACCGAAGGGUGUCAUCAAUGUGGUGACCACCAACAAGGCGGCACCGAUUGGCGAUCUAUUUUGCAAGAGUCCCGAUGUGCGCGGCAUUUCAUUCACGGGCUCUACUCAGGUGGGAAAGUUGCUGUUCCGGAAUGCCGCCGAUGGCAUUAAGCGUGUCUGCCUCGAGCUGGGCGGCAAUGCACCCUUUAUUGUCUUCGAUUCGGCCAACGUUGAGAAGGCGGUGGAUGGCGCCAUGAGCUCAAAAUUUCGCAAUUGUGGCCAGACUUGUGUCUCGGCGAAUCGUUUCUUCGUCCAGGCAGGCAUUUACGAUAAAUUUGUGGCGCUGCUCAAGCAACGUGUGGAGGCUCUGAAGAUUGGCGAUGGCCAGUCGAGCGAUAUACAAAUCGGUCCACUCAUCAACAAGAUGCAGUACGACAAGGUAAGCGGCUUUGUGGAGGAUGCGCGCAGCAAAAAAGCCCAGAUCGUUGUCGGCGGCACAGGAUUGCCAGAACUGGGCGCGCUCUUCUAUGCGCCAACUGUGGUGACAGAUGUGCCGCCAACGGCUCAGCUGUACACAGAAGAAGUCUUCGGACCCGUUGUCUCCAUUAUCAAAUUCAAGGAUGAGGCGGAAGCCCUACAGAAAGCCAACGAUACCAAUCGGGGUCUUGCCGGCUAUUUCUUCAGCGAGAACCUGCAGCAGGUCUUCCGAGUGGCGAAGCGCCUCGAGGUGGGCAUGGUUGGCGUCAAUGAGGGUCUCAUUUCUGCCGCUGAGGCACCAUUCGGUGGCGUUAAGGAAUCUGGCGUUGGACGCGAGGGCUCACAUCACGGCAUCGAUGAUUAUGUCGAUAUCAAAUAUAUUUGCAUGGGAAACCUUAAAUACGAUUGAGCCCAUAAAUUGCACAAUUCUAAUGUUCCAAAUGCUUUAAUUUGCAGUCUUCCAUUAUGAUGUAAUUGAAAUUGUUCUUAAAUAUCUACGUACAUGUGUAUGCUGUUGAAAA